CUCAACUUUCAGGAAACUUUGAAGAAGGUCCAAUUUCUCCCUCUAUCUUUUGUCUCUCUUCCCACACUCUCAUCCACACCUGAAGUUACAGCAACAACAACCAUGGCGAAACGACGCACAAAGAAGCGCACCCAUGCAGCCGCCAACCCAAACAGCAAGUCGGGCGUGGCGCCUGGCCCAGGGAAGCUGGAUCCGAACAACCCCAAGAGCAUGGUGAUCCGCAUUGGCGCAGGCGAGGUCGGCUCAAGCAUCUCACAGCUGGCUACCGACGUGCGCAGGGUCAUGGAGCCGGGCACGGCGAGUAGGCUCAAGGAGAGGAAGGCGAACAGGCUCCGUGACUACGUGACCAUGUGCGGGCCCCUCGGCGUCACACACCUGCUGUUGUUCUCAAGGAGCGAGACAGGCAACACGAACCUCAGGGUCUGCACCACUCCGCAAGGCCCAACGCUGCAUUUCCGAGUCGAGAAGUACUCGCUCGCCAAGGACGUGAGACGGGCGCAAAGGCACCCCAAGGGAGGUGGCAAGGAGUACAUCACUCCGCCCUUGCUUGUCAUGAACCAGAUGACCAGUGAACCCGGCAAGGCCUCCGAGAACGUCCCGCGCCACCUCGAAACUCUCGUUUCCUCCGUCUUCCACGGCCUCUUCCCCCCAAUCAACCCGCAGGUUGCUCCCCUAAAAUCUAUCCGCCGCGUCCUCCUUCUCAACCGAGAACGGUCCUCGAAAAAUGACGGCUCUUAUGUUUUGAACUUCCGGCACUACGCCAUCACGACCAAAGUAACGGGUGUUUCAAAAGCCGUCAAGAGGCUGAAUGCGGCAGAGAGGCUGAUGAACAGCAAGAGUAGGAAGGGGAAGCUGCCCAACUUGAGCAAGCUACAGGACAUUGCCGACUAUAUGAUCGGUGGUGAGAACGGCGAGGGAUAUACGACGGAUGGCACGAGCGGGAGUGAGGCCGACACGGACGCCGAGGUUGAGGUUAUGGAUGUCGCAGGAAGGAAAAAGGUUGCGCCCAGGGGACGCCCUGCUCCCGCUGAGGAGGAGGGCAGCGACGACGACGAGGGAACGGAAGCAAAUGGCCAUGAUAAGGUGGAAAGACGGGCUGUGAAACUCGUCGAGCUGGGCCCGCGCAUGAAGUUGCGGCUGACCAAGGUUGAGGACGGCAUGUGUGCCGGCAAGGUCAUGUGGCACGAAUACAUCCACAAGUCGAAGGAGGAGAUCCGAGAGCUAGAGAAGCUGUGGGAGAAGAGGCGGCAGGAGAAGGAGGUGAGGAGGCAACAGCAGCGAGAGAAUGUGGAAAAGAAGAAGGCCGCGAAGAAGGCGAAGAAGGGCACCAAGGAUGGCGAGGCAUCUGAUGAAGACGAGGAUGAGAUGGAUCUCGACGAUCUCGGCAGUGAUGCCUACGACUACAUGGACGAGAACGAAUUCGACAGCGAGGGUUUGGAGGGAGACGCCGAGGCCAAGACAAACGAGGAAGCAGAUGAAAAUGGGGAAUGGUCCGACGAGGAAGAACAAAUAGCUGACCAUCGAUAGUCGUCUAACCUUUAACAGGCUCGUUUCACGAGGUCACAAAGCUGAUGAAUUCAAUCAAAUUAUAUACCCCUGGG